GCACAGAAUAAAUAGUGAGAAAUUCGUCUUCUCUGAAUUGACUGAAGGAUACAGGGGAGGAGGCAGAGAGUGAAUGGAUGGGACUGUGGACGAUAAGGAUAUGUGGACCUAGUAGACAGCUUCGCUUUCUGGCCCCAAUGGAUCACUAGCGAAAGAGCAGCGGUUAAUUUUACGUUCUUUAUUCGUUUUGGUGGGCUACAGCCGGAGAGAACGCCGGUGGAAUAAUUUGUUUUUAUCGCUGCCGGUAAAAAACCUUCUGUUCAUACAAAAAGUUCAAUUCGACCAUAACGGCGACAAAUAAAAAAAAGAUGACAGAGGGCCGGCUGUGUCAGGUGCACCUCCUGGACGACAGGAAGCUGGACCUAAUGGUCCAGCCGAAGCUCUUGUCCCGGGAUCUGUUAGACUUGGUGUCCUCACACUUUAACCUGAAGGAGAAGGAGUAUUUUGGAAUAUCCUUCAUUGAUGACACCGGUCAGAGUAAAUGGCUCCAGCUGGAUCGCAGGGUCCUGGAUCAUGACUUCACUAAAAAGACUGGUCCACUGGAGCUCAAGUUCCUGGUCAGGUUUUAUAUUGAGAAGAUAACAUUUUUGAAAGAGAAUACAACAGUGGAGCUGUUUUUCCUAAAUGCCAAAUCGUCAGUCUUCAAUGAGAUCAUCGAAGUUGAGAGUGAAAAUGUUUUCAAAUUAGCUGCAUAUGCUUUGCAGGAGGCCAAAGGAGACUACACAAGUGUUGAAAGCUCCAGGUCGGACCUGAACAAGCUCCCGGUUUUACCCACUAGAGUCCUGAGGGAGCACCCCUCCCUGGUAUACUGUGAAGACCGAGUGAUCGAGCACUAUGAGAACCUGAAGGGCCUCAGCAGAGGGCAAGCAAUUGUGCGGUAUUUGGCCUUAGUGGAGUCCCUCCCUACAUAUGGAGUUCAUUAUUAUCCAGUAAAGGACAAGCAGGGCCUGCCGUGGUGGCUGGGAGUCAGCUAUAAAGGCAUUGGACAGUACGAUUUACAGGACAAGUUGAAACCUCGGAAGUUGUUUCAGUGGAAGCAGCUGGAGAAUUUGUAUUUCCGUGAGAAGAAAUUUGCUGUAGAGGUGAACGACCCUGACAGAAGGAUAGUUUCCAGGCGUACUUUCGGGCAGACUGGAUUGGUCAUUCACACGUGGUAUGCCAGCCACUCUCUGAUUAAGACCAUCUGGGUGAUGGCCAUCAGUCAGCAUCAGUUCUAUUUGGACAGGAAGCAGAGCAAAUCCAAAGUUACCACGGCCAGAAGUUUGGGUGACAUCGCCAUGGACCUGACGGAGAUUGGAGCGCCCUGGAUCAGUAAGCUGUCCAGCAUGGAGAGUAAAGACCAGCUCAUCAUGGCCAGCAACAGAUCCCUCAUCUCAGCAGGGUCAGGAGACUCUGAUGUGAGCGAGGAGUUAAAGAAGGAGAAGAUUGCUGACCUGAAGAAUAAAGAGAAGGACUUGCAGGACUCUCUGACUCAGAAACUAGAGGAGCUCAAGAAGAUCUGCCUGCGAGAAGCUGAGCUGACAGGCAGGCUGCCUAAAGAGUACCCUCUGGACUCGGGUGAAAAGCCCCCUGCGGUGCGUCGGCGCAUGGGGACAGCUUUCAAACUGGACGACCUCUUCCCCUAUGAUGCGGAUCCCCAUCUCAGAAACCUGGAGAGCAGGUUUGCCCUGCAGCAGAAGAUCGUGGAAGCGGCCAAGAAACUAGCCAACGAGGCUGAGCUCUGUAAGACGGUGAAGAAGAAGAGGAGGAGGAACUGCCUGGACGCCACGAGGAAGCUGCAGGAGAUUGAGGAGGAGAUCAACAAAUACAGGAUCAAGACGGGCAAAAAGCCCACCCAGAGAGCAUCAAUAAUCAUAACAGAUGAUGUGAACCUUGCAGAACUCAGCUCACUGUCCGACAGUCUUACUCUGGACGAUGACGAGGAUCUGGGAGGCCAAAGGCAACAGUCCCAUUCUGUGCAGUACUCUCCCCGGCCCCACCACUCAGAAACCCUGAGCUUCCACUACCAGUCUGACCGACUGGCCUCAGCCCACGAGCAGUCCCAGGACCUCAACCCCAACAACAGGUCAGAUGACGACCCCCAGCAUUUCCGCCAGCGGAGUGGCAGUCUGGAGUCCCAGUCUCAAGAGACCACACCCCCGGCGCCAGCGUUCGUCCCGUUCCGCCGCAGCAACAGCACAGAGGUCCUGGACGAUGGCUCAUCCUACACCAGCCAGUCCAGCGCGGAGUAUACAGUGCCUGGGAACCAUACCCACCGCCCCAGGGACCGCUGGCGUGGCAGGAAGGGCAACAUCUAUGCCAACACGGGCAGCAUGCCCAACUUGGCACAGGCUGAUGCCUGCUACAACACAUACCAGCCCCCCCGGGCACCACGACCCACCACCACGGCCUACUAUGUGACGGGCUACCCCAGCUACACAGAGCCAGAGCCCUACUCUAAUGGAGUCUACAUGUACAACAACGAGUUAGAGGGUCACUACAACGUUAACCCUUCAUACCACGCCGCGCCGGCCAACCACGGACAUGAUGUGUACAGCAGUCGCUAUGGUGACGACGAGAUGGACAGUAUGGCUCAGAACCCCUACGCCACCCUGAGGCCGCCCAGGAACCGUCAAGCUCUGCCCAGGACGGAACAUUUGACCAAGAACAUCCAGAAGGCGCUGGUGGCAGAGCACCUGAAAGGCUGGUACCAGCGCAAUGCAAGCCACAAGCAACCACAGACUUACGACUACAACCAGAGGGGUUCCCAGCAGAGCCUGGGUUACCAGACCAUGCCAGCUCCCUACAGCAGGAACACAUCCUACUCUUCAGUCUCGUCACAGCAGUCCUCCACAGGAGGGGGUAUGUCAGAGUUCCACAUGCCCCUACCGGUGCAGCAGCCUUACCCCUCCUACGGCACCGCUCACUACAGCCAGCACGCCCACAACAGACCCAAUGUAGAUGUGAACCAAACAGAAACCUACAUCAACAGCCAAACGAACUGCAGCUUGGAUCCAGAUGACCAGAGACUUUACUGGCAUGAGGGCUCCUCCAAACCUGGAACUAUAGUGUAGCAGUCAGGGCCAUCAACUCUCUCAACUUCCACUUUGUGACACUAACAUGUGCCUUGGACUGCACUUACCUGUUUUUCUGGAUGGAAAUAGGAUCCAAAGAAUCAAAUAUCAACCACUGUGGAAUUCACACAGGGGAGGACCUUAAGUCUAAGUACAGCUGAUUUGAGUUCUCAUACACGGAAUUGCCAAACAAAGUAGGUCCACCUGCGUACGCUCUCUGAAAGCAGAAUUACAACACGGUCACCUGAUCUGAAUGUUCUGGAUUGCUAGGGGGGUGUUUGUCUGUGCACUGAGUUGCACUUGGUGCUGUGGCUGGUUGGGUUAGCCUGAGAGGCUGGCAUGAGGAUGGAGGAUAAUGAACAUGACUUGUCCUGCAAGAUCGAUAAUUGGGCAAGAUUUAUGCUCACCAUUACAAUGACAGAUCUUUCCAAUAUUGACACUUUUAAAUGUUGAAAUGAAGGAUUGAAAUUGGAUUUUGAGUGUGAAGAUGACUAGCAAUGGCGACCUGCUGAAACGUUCUCCAGUCACUACUGAUUUCUAGAGCCCAUUCUAUGAUAGUGUUUGUAGAUACUGUACAGCACUUUGUGCUAUUCUUAGGUUGUCAGUCUUUUUGCACCAGCCAUUUAACACAGUAUUUGGACCUCUCUCUUGUUCUCAGUAAUUUGAUCAUCUUUACUGCCAAAUGCUUCAGUCUAACCAUUAAAGUCUAGACUCAACCAUGUCAGCUUUUAUACUUUCAAAGACCAUGUUAACACUAUUAAUGCCAGUUAUGUAAUGUGUCCACUCUAUUACAUGGCUUCAUUUUAUUGCUCAGUGCAGUGAGACAAAAUGUCAGUUUUAAAUGCUUAUUGCAUCCCAUGCUGGAAUCCAUGGACUGGUGCUUUCGAUUCCUCUCAAUAAGGAAUUUGUAUGUACAUGUUGAUAAUGUAAAUAGAAUGUACAGAACUGUUUUUGGAGCAUUUUGUUAUAUAUUUUAAGAAGCAUGUUAUGAAUAGUAAACCAUCACAUUUGUCAAGCUGGUUCUUAGUCGUUUGUAUAAUUUGAAAUGCGUUUGAAUUAAAACAAAUAUUUUGA